CGAAAGGGCGACCAUUUGCUUAAUUUAUAGCGCGCUGUUGUGCCCUUGAAGUUACAUUAGACCAACAGUAGACGCAAGGAAGUCGACGUCGUGUCUCCAAGGUGUCUACGGUUUCAGUCUUAAUGAGGAGGUUCGAUUCCGAAAUGGCUCAACGAUCACAUGACAGCUGAUGAGUUUAGUCUCUAAAAAUUCACUGUUGCAGGCCACUGUCACUUCAGAUUACUUUUUUAAACCGAGUUCGGUGGUCUCUUAGGUUCUUCACGUUUGUUCUGCAACUAUUUAUUUUUUUGAUUGUUUGUUUAUUGUCGUGGUUUGUACAAAUUUCCCAUGUUGCCAUCCGGUUAGCUUGAAGGGCUAACAAGCUAAAAGUAAUUUCAUUUUGUGAGGCGCUUAACUGUGCUGCAAAAAUGAGGGUUUGACACCCAAUUAUUAUCUCUCCAGUUUCUCAGUAUUUAUUUAUGUAUUUAUUUUUCAUCUUUUGGACUUCCCAACUCACUGUCUCUGUAAUUUUAAGAUUGUUAUUUAAAGAUUAGUUAAGUUUUUAUAACAAGUUUAUGGGGCUGUUCAAAUUAUCACUGAGCAUUAAAUCACUAGUACUUAUUAUUUGUUUAAGCACAUGAUUUAUGCAUUUGCUUACACUUAUCAUUAUCACUAACCAUUAACAGUUGAUUUGAGCACAUUGUCAUUUAAUUUUUCUUGUUUGUUAAUCCAUUUAUCAUUUUAAUUUCUAAUUUCAGUUUUCCUUUGUCUUUUUUUUUUUUACCCCAAUCUUUGAUCACACCAUGUGUCGUUCCUCACAUGCACAUCCUACCUUCUUCCCUAUCUCACCCACUCCCCACACACUUCCCACUUUCAUCUCCUUUACGUCUUCAACCAACCAGGCUGGUCACCGGUUGGUCCUGGUGUUAGGUGAUCUGCACAUCCCCCACCGGUGCAACACACUGCCAGCCAAGUUUAAGAAGCUGUUGGUCCCGGGGAAAAUCCAGCACAUUCUCUGCACAGGCAACCUUUGCACCAAGGAGAGCUAUGACUACCUGAAAACUCUUGCUGGGGACGUCCACAUAGUCCGAGGAGACUUUGAUGAGAACUUGAACUAUCCGGAGCAGAAGGUGGUCACAGUAGGCCAGUUCAAGAUCGGCCUCAUCCACGGCCACCAGGUGAUCCCCUGGGGUGACAUGGCCAGCCUGGCGUUACUCCAGAGACAACUGGAUGUUGACAUCCUCAUCUCCGGGCACACACACAAGUUUGAGGCCUUUGAGAAUGAAAACAAGUUCUACAUCAACCCUGGCUCGGCCACUGGAGCCUACAACGCACUGGAACGAAACAUCAUCCCUUCUUUUGUAUUAAUGGACAUCCAGGCUUCUACAGUGGUGACAUACGUUUAUCAGCUGAUCGGUGAUGACGUCAAGGUGGAGAGAAUCGAGUACAAGAAAUCUUAAAAGGCUUGAAGAUGAGGGGAAGAGUGCUGGGCUGGGGAGGCGCAGUGCAUGGUUUCAUUCCUGUCCACCAGGGGGCAGCAGCUCCCUCAGUCACCAUAAAGAUGAUGCUGUAACAAACUGUUGAAUAAAUUAACUCUAGAAGACCUAUGUAUUAUAUUGUUUAUAUGUCAUCAUCAUUACUUCUAUCCCAGCUGUCAGUAGAGAUUGCACGUCAUGUUUUGCUAACAAAAGAAAUACCUGGUGCCACUUUCUCUCUUUUUAUUUCAUUCCUGUCACAUCCUGUAUUUGUAACCAUCAGGCCUUUAGUUUUCUGUAGUCAUUUUUCAUUUUUCAAUAAAAGCGUAACUUCA